UAAUUUACAAUCACUUGUUUUAUCACUUUUUAGGCACAAAAUUCAAAAUUAGAAUCAAAAAUUGUUGUCUAACUAACCGCAAAGAAGUCGCGCAUAAAACUUUUGAAGACACGAGCGGACAUUUCGAGCUACUUGGCAGAAGCCACAACAAGGCUGCAAACGAAGUUAAAUGCAAUCCAAUAUGAUGAGCAACAUUGACCCCAGCAAUUUACUCAGUCCGUUUAAUAUAUGUGAAUGCGACAACGCCGCCGACUACAGCGGUGACUUUAAUCCCGAGCCCAAUCUAUCGCAUCCCUGUUUUACGCACUACGGUUGCCCUUUCGAAAUGAGCCACAGCCGCCAACAACAGCAGCCGGAGCAACCGUCCAAGAACAACUUUGGCAAUGGUGUCGCCGCCGCCACUAGUCGCAUUCCAACCAGAGGCGCAGCUCGGCCACGCCUCUCGCCGCGCAUCAAUCAAUCGUUUCUGCCGGUGUUCCAUGAGAGGGCCAACGCUGAGGAUGCGGCACUGUUGACCAACACACUGUGGAAGCAGGCACGCAAAUCGGGCAACCUCAGUCUCACUAACAAGGGCAUGGCACGCGUUCCCGAGCGUCUCUAUGACAUAAACGAUGCGGAUGAGGACAGUAAAACAGCGAAUCUGGAGGCAUUAACGCUAAACGAGGAGGACGCCUGGUGGAAUCAGCAGCCACUCAACAAUCUCGAUUUGAGUUCCAAUGCUCUCACACACAUCUCGCCCAAGAUUGAGAAUUUAAAUACUUUGACGGUGUUGCAGCUGCAUGAUAAUGCUUUGGUUGCCUUGCCGCCGCAAAUUGGCAAACUGGAGAAAUUGGUGCGCUUGAAUCUGAGCCACAACAAGCUCAGAGAGCUGCCUCCGGAUCUCUUCAGUUUGCCAGAGUUGCGGCAUUUGAAUAUCUCGCACAAUGAGUUCGUCGAACUCGAUCCGGACAUUAGCAAUCUGCACAUGCUGGAGUUCUUGGAUGCUAGUAACAAUAACAUUAAAAGCUUGCCCGGCGGCAUUGGGUUCCUGGUGCGUCUAACAGCGUUGCUCCUGCCCAAUAACCACAUCAAGGAGUUGCCGCCCGACAUUGUCAACAUGCGCUCUCUACAGAAGCUGGAUCUGAUGAAGAACGAUCUGGUGGCCUUGCCGGAGGACAUGGGAUUGCUGCGCAAGCUGCAGUGUCUCUAUGUACAGCACAAUGACAUCAAGGAGCUGCCCAGCUUUGAGGGUAACGAGUCGCUUAAUGAGUUGCACGCCAGCAACAAUUUUAUCGAGCAAGUGCCCAAAGAUUUGUGUGCCAAUUUGCCGCACUUGAAGAUCUUUGAUUUGCGCGACAAUAAGAUUAACGAAAUCCCAGAUGAAGUGCAUUUGUUGCGCAAUCUCACUCGCCUCGAUGUCACGAACAAUUCCAUUCACCAGCUGCCAGUUGCUUUAGCCCAUUUGGCACAUUUGGUCAGCCUGCAAGUGGAAGGCAAUCCCAUCAAGAGCAUUCGACGCGACAUCAUUCAAUGCGGCACUUCGCGCAUUCUGAAGACGCUGCAGGAACGCGCCCAAGCCAAGGAUCGUCAAGGAGGAGGCGCCGAAGCGCAGAUUAGCCCAGCAGCUGUUGAGUGUCAAGCGCAGUCUGAGCUGCCCGCUGGCAAUGUGGACAACUUUCGGCAUCAUCAACAUGUGGCGCCUGUGCAGGCGAACUACAACAUUGAGUAUCAGCGUCAGUUUCAGAGUCAGUAUUUUAUGCAAAUGCAACAGCAAGAGGAGCAACAACUACCUCAGCAGCAACCGCCGCAUUGUCCUGUUUACUAUGGACAGUUUACACAUCAAACGGAGCACCAGGCAUCUCAGUUUCAAUUUGAUCCUCAAGCCGCGCAGUUUAAUCCGCAAGUUGCGCAGUUUAAUCCUUAUUCCCAAAUGCCAGGCUGUGGUCCCUUUAUGCCCGAACAACCACAGCAGCUGAACUACCGUCAAUCCUAUGCGCAUUCCCAACUUUUACCGCCGCACAUUCUGCCACAAAGGGAGCCCAAUUACUCUGCUUGUGCCGUGCAAUCACGUUGGGUAUACAAAUUGCGACAUACACGCACAUUAGCUGUCAAUUUAGAAGGUCUUACUCAAGUGCCGGAUCAGGUCUUUGAGGUUGCUGCCGCUGAGAAUGUGCACGUCGUUGACUUUGCGCGCAAUCAACUCAAACAGUUGCCUAAUGGCUUGCAGCUCAUGUCAAAGCUGGUCACGGAGCUUGUGCUCUCACAGAAUGCUAUUGUCGUGGUUCAGCCUUUCAUCUCGCAAUUUACGCGCAUUUCGUAUUUGAAUUUAUCCAACAAUCUGCUCACGGAUCUGCCCCAUGAAUUUGGCGUACUGAAUACGCUGCGUGAACUCAAUAUUGGUAACAAUCGCCUCACCUUCAUACCCAAGGCAUUGUAUGAGCUGCAAGGCUUGGAAAUCUUGUUGGCCAAUGACAAUCACAUUACGGCCUUGAAUGUGGCGGGUCUGGAGAACAUGGGACGACUAAAUACGCUGGAUUUGCGUAACAAUGAUAUUGACUCAAUACCGGCCAUACUUGGCAACCUGACAAACAUUAAACACUUGGAGCUGAUUGGCAACCCAUUCCGGCAGCCGCGUCAUCAGAUCCUCAUGAAGGGCACCGAUGCCAUAAUGUCGUACCUGCGCGAUCGCAUUCCCACCUAAAGGAGGACGUUAACUUUUGCGGGGCGGGGAAAAACUAUUUAUUUAUUUUUUAGCGCACUUUUUACAUUAUUAUUAUUAUUAGUUUUGUUGUGUUAAUUUUGAGAAAUUCAUCGCUUAACCAAAUUAAAGUAGCUGCCACACACCCACAAUGCACACACACACACACUACACCUCGAGGUGUGUGCGUAUGUGUGUUUGUGGAUGUUUGGCUACAUCGA